GUAUUGCAUUUACCGGAUUGCAAAAUACAAUUCUUUAUCCUAUGGUUUGUUCAACAUCUGCUAACAGUAAAGUUAUAAUAACGCAUUGUUCUUCAGUACCUGCGUCUUUACAAAUGGAAUGUUUAUCCAUAUUACAACCUAUACAGAAAUUAUAUCUUUCUUACGCUUUUCCUGGAUUAAGAUAUUUAUUGAAUAGUAUCUUCGUUGAAAUCUUGCAUAAACGAUACGGUGAUCAUAAUGAUGAUGACGAUGACGAUAGUAGUAGUAGUGAUGAACUUUUUGAAUAUUUACCCGAAUUUAAGUCAACAUGUCAAUUGAGUCAAUCAAUCUGAUAAAAAAUAAAA